AUGUUUCACUGUUGGUCACCAACAUAUUGGGAUAAUCCUACGCUUACCCGAUUCUACAGUCUGCACUUCCUUUUACCUUUUGUUCUUACGGUAUUGGCUUUUAUGCACCUUAUAGCGCUCCACCAGCACGGUUCAAAUAAUCCACUGGGGGUAACUAGUAGCCUCGACAGAGUACCUUUUUAUCCUUACUACGUCUUUAAAGAUUUAGUUG